AUGACUGGUCCUGGACCCGAGUUCAAUAAAGAGGAACACCCCAAUUCUCCGGGCAAGAAACCCAAAAGAGAUAACACUAUACCCAAAAAUGCAAAACUAGCUAAUGUAUUUGGUAGCUCACCGAAACGGUUAGUUGAGAAACACGAUAAAAGAAUAACUGACCCAACGAUAAACUAUUUUCCGCACAGCAUGUCAAGAGCACCAAGGAGAAAAUAUGUUUACAUUUUAGUGCUCGCACCACUAAAUGGAACGUUUGAGAGCAAACACGUGGUAAUACCAUUUAAACCAGAUGGGCUAAAAUUGGGGAGACCUGUUGCUAAUAGUAACAAUAACUCUAAUUCAUCACUCAGAAGUGGUAAAAGGCUAGAUCCACACACUUUUUCCCAAGUAAGGUCCAACAAUGGUAAUUUCGAUUCAAGAGUACUCUCCAGGAAUCAUGCAUUGCUAAGUUGCGAUCCUCUUACAGGAAAAGUAUAUAUAAGAGACCUAAAAUCUAGUAAUGGUACAUUUAUUAAUGGUCAGAGAAUUGGCUCCAGUGAUGUAGAAAUCAAAGUGGGCGAUGUAAUAGAUCUGGGCACCGAUAUAGAUACGAAGAUUGAGCAUCAAAAGAUAAGUGCCAUGGUGGAAGAACUAUUUGUACAACCAUUACUAGAAUCACCACUUUUUGAAAAUGAUGACAAUGAUGAUUGCGGUACAAUCUCCAAAAGGGAAGAGGCUGCUGCCAUAACAAGUCACGUAUAUGGAGAUGCUAACAAUUUAGAAUUGGAAGAAGUUAUCAUGGGGUCAGAUACAGAAAUACUAAGUGGUAUUUUUAUCAAUAAUUGUAUUGGUACAAGCCCCACUUUGUCUAAUAUCAUCAAGACUCUGGCAACAGAAAUUUUAUUCUCGAAAUGCGACAAUUCCAAAUUACAGUCGAUGGAGAUUUUCUUAAUUAAUUAUACGACUCACCUAGAAUACACAAACAAACUUCUGGUGGAAAGAAACGAUCAGCAACUAGUAAAGCUACAAAAUGGAUUAAGAAGGAAACUAUCAGGGAAAUAUGAAAAGAUCAUCGAGGAAAACAGAAAUCAAAUAAAACAGUUGCAAAAGGAUUCUAUGUUUUUCAAAUCUGCAUUCGAAAUGAAAAAAUUAUGGAACAAUCAAAAACAAAAAAGCAUAGAAAGGGAAAUAGAAGACUUGAAAACUCGGUUGGAAGUGGAGCGAUAUAAAAAUUCACAAAUUAUCAAGAACAAACUGAAGGAACAAGAAAUCUCAGCUGCAUCUAGGAAAAAGAACGACGUGCAUGACACGAAAAGCGUUCCGGGCGUAAGUCCUAAGAGUGUUAACAAAUAUAGCAUCAAAAAUGUACUAAAUGAUCAUUUUACGUUAUUAACUUUUGGGACUAUUUCUAUUGGGAUCAUAGCUAUCAUGUUCAAAUUUUUCACUCCAAGCUAG